AUGGAUAUUGUACUUGAAAUUGCAGAUACAUUCGCUGCCGACCACCUCUACGCCUGGCUACUUCCGGCACGCCAGGCUCCUUAUGACAUCUCUCUAGACCCCCCUUCCAACAUCACAUCAAGUACAUUCUUGGCAUGGCAAUACAAGCCUGCUACUCGGUGGAUGUACCUCGAACCAACAGACGCUGCCUUUGCGAGCUCGUGGGACAGAGACAACAUCGUCCGUCAGCUCAUCACCCUUUACACCAUCACUGUGGUCUUUGGGUUUCUCAUCUACUUCAUAUUUGCCUCGCUCUCGUACGUCUUUAUCUUCGAUAAAAAGAAUCUUACCCACCCCAAAUUCCUCAAAGAUCAAAUCCGGCUCGAGAUGAUGCAGGCUGUCCAGGCCAUGCCUGUGAUGGCCCUUUUUACGGCCCCCAUGUUCGUGCUGGAGGUCAGGGGUUACGCCAGGCUCUACGACACCACCGAGGAGGGGCCAGGUCGAUGGUACGACUUUGCGCAGUUCCCAGUCUUCAUACUCCUUACCGACCUGCUCAUCUAUUGGAUUCAUCGUGGCCUGCACCAUCCAACGGUCUACAAGCGCCUGCACAAGGCCCAUCACAAAUGGAUCAUGCCUACACCCUAUGCCAGUCACGCCUUCCACCCACUGGAUGGUUUCGCUCAGUCUUUUCCUUAUCACAUUGUGCCAAUGGUCGUUCCUCUGAACAAAUGGGCUCACGUGGGGCUGUUCAUAUUCGUCAACUUCUGGUCCAUUCUCAUCCACGAUGGAGAGUACCUCGCUGACAACCCCGUCAUUAAUGGAUCUGCAUGUCACACAGCACACCACCUGUAUUUCAACUAUAAUUAUGGACAGUUCACCACCCUCUGGGACCGGUUGGGAGGAAGCUACCGCAAGCCGGAUGGAGCCUGGUUCGACAAAAACAUGAAGAUGUCUGAGACGACUUGGAAAUCCGGAAUCGAGGAGAUGGAGGCAAUUCAAAAACAGGUUGAAGGCGAAGAUGAUCGCACCUACAACACAGAAGAUGCCAAAAAGACGAAGUGA